AUGGCCACUACCGAUCACGCCCAGUACCACUUCGAGGCCGCGCGGCCGUCGCACUCGUUCACGACCCCGACCAUUCCGACCGCGCCCUCGUCGCCUCAACCUCAGCUCGCAACUGCCACAAAGCGCCCUUCUGUCGUCCCACCCUGGAUCCUCAUCCUCGGAUGGAUCACCCUCUCGACCGCCGUCAUCCUCCAGAACCGCACCAUCCUCGUCGAGCGCGGCUUCAACCACCCGAUCACGCUCACGAGCCUCCACCUUCUGUUCCAGACCCUCGCGACCCGCGUCCUGCACCGCUCCACCACCCUCAUCUCGGGCCCGGCCAAGAGCGUCGAGAUGGACUGGAGAACGUGGCGGCGCCAGAUCCUGCCCAUCGCCGUCCUCUUCUCGCUCUCGCUCGUCCUGAGCAACGUUGCCUACCUGUACUGCUCGGUCGCGUUUAUCCACAUCCUCAAGAGCUUUGCGCCCGUCGCCAUCCUCCUCGCCGCGUUCGCGUUCCGCACCAAAUCCUUCUCGUUGAGGCUCCUCGGCAUCGUCGUCGUCAUCUCGCUCGGCGUCGGCAUCGCGUCCUGGGGCGAGACCGACUUUUCCGUCACGGGCUUCACGGUCCAGAUGGUGGCCAUCGCCAUCGAGGCGACGCGCGUCACCCUCAUCCAGAUCCUCCUCUCGCCGGCCUCCUCGGGCCCCUCGGACCCGAACGCGGCCCGAGUCGCCGGCGCCCUCAGCACGGGCAUGUCGCCGCUCAAGUCGCUGUACUUUUUCGCGCCGACCUGCCUCGCCCUCAACGCGACCGUCCUCGUCCUGUUCGAGGGCUCCCCUGCCCUGCGCGCCAUCCCGGCCCUCGGCGCGUGGACCAUCGUGACAAACUCGGCGUUGACGCUCGCGCUCAACUUCAGCGCCGUCAUGCUCAUCUCGUUGAGCGCCAUGGUGCUCAGCCUCAGCAAGAUCGUAAAGGACAUCCUCAUGGUGGCGCUCCCCGUCGUGCUCCUCGGCGAGAAUCUCACGGCGACGCAGUGGGGCGGGUACCUCAUCGCCACGUGCGGCAUCGUCACGUACAAGUUUGGUGCGUCGCGCACGUUCCCUCCCUCUCUCUCUCUCUCUCGCCCUCUCGCCCUCGUCGCCGACCGGUCGUCGUCGUUGACCAGGAGGAACUGA